AUGCCUCGAUCCAGUCGUCCUACCGGCCACGAGACGCCGGAAUCGAAUGUUGAGCUGGAGGCUGUUUCUGACAAUCCAACGGAUGGAGAGGUCAGUUUGGCUUUCCCCGAAGGAGGGAGAGAGGCAUGGAUCUGUUUACUGGGGUCAUCUUUGAUGAUGUUCCCUUCAUUUGGCUUUCAAACUGCAGUCGGAUCGGUUCAGGACUAUAUCAGCACGCAUCAGUUGACCGAAUAUGGUGAUCGCGACGUCGGCUGGAUUACUGCCGUACUUGUGUUUCUGACAUUGUUUCUCGGGGUGCAAGUUGGGCCGCUUUUUGACCGCUACGGACCAAGAGUAUUGUUGAUCUGCGGCUCAUUGGCGAAUUUCAUCUCCUAUAUACUCCUCGCGCAAUGUUCACGGUACUGGCAUUUUAUGCUGUGCCUCGGAGUGCUCUGUGGGAUUUCAUCUGCCGUUAUAACGACCGUUUCAAUUGCCGUCCUCAGCCACUGGUUCAAUCGACGCCGCGCAUUAGCGUCCGGAAUAUGUAUGGGGGGCUCGUCGGCCGGCGGUGCGGUUAUUCCGCUGAUGUUACGAUCGCUAUUCGAAAAAUACGGCUGGGCUUGGGCUAUUCGCAUAGUCGCGUUUAUGGCCCUGGGGUGCUAUAUCAUUGGGAUUAUGCUUGUGCGAGGACGUCUGCCCAACGGACAAAAGAGCCGAGUGACCAUUGAUCUUGGAGCGUUUAAGUCCCCUCGGCUCUGCUUUCUGGCCGUGGCUGUCUUCUCAUUUGAGUUCAUUAUAUUCGGUUGCGCCGCAUUGCUGCCAGCGUAUGUCCGUUAUAGCGGGUUCUCGUUGGACCUGCAAUUCUAUUCCCUCACCGUCUUGAAUAGCAUGAGUCUUCUCGGGAGGGUCCUUCCGGGCUUUGUCGCCGAUAAAGUUGGUCGAUUUAACAUCCUGCUGGCUCUAGUUGCAAUCACCAUGAUCAUUAUGGCGGGGGUUUGGUUACCCUGUGGAUCGCACAGCGAAGAUACCAUCUAUGCCGUUGUUGCGAUUUUCGGAUUCGGCUCUGGGGGAUGGCUCUCGCUGGCUCCGGUUUGUGCUGGGCAGCUGUGUGAUACCAAAGAUUAUGGUAGGUUUUACGGGACUGUAUACUCAGUUGCCUCGUUUGGGGUUCUAGUUACUGUUCCGGCUGGGGGACAGUUGUUGCAAGCGACAACACCCCGGGUUUUGAUUGGGUUCUAUUCUGCGGUGUUGCUUGUGGGAUUCGUGAGCGUCGCGAUGUCUCGUUGGGCUAUCUUGGGCUGGAAUUGGAAAUGGAAGGUCAAAGUGUAA